CCCCCAGGGACCAAAUCUGGCCAUCAACUUGGCCACAUCUAUUGUCCAUUUCCCAGGAAGCAGCAGAGGCUACCACCAUGGCCGCUGAAAAGCACAAAGGCCUUUGAUGAUCCUCCAGAGGACUGGGCCGUCAGGGACCUCAGAGCCGGAUCGCCCCGAAAAUCCAUCCUGCCGGUUGCUGCAACGGCUGCCACUCUCAAGACCCUCACAAUGAAAAGCCUGCUGCUGUUCACCCUGUCCGCUCUGCUCGGCUGGGUCUCAGCUGACAUCCGCUGUCACUCCUGCUACAAGGUCCCUGUACUGGGCUGUGUGGAUCGCCAGUCCUGCCGCCUGGAGCCAGGACACCAAUGCCUGACAACGAAUGUGUACCUCGGUAAGAUGUGGGUUUUCUCUAACCUGCGCUGUGGGACACCGGAAGAGCCGUGUCACGAGGCCAUCAACCAAACCAACCACAAGCUGGGCCUGAUCUACAACACCACCUGCUGCAGCAAAGACAAUUGCAACAGCCUGGCCCCGCGGCCCACUGCGGCCCUGACCGUGGUCUUCCUCACCUCCUUGGCUGGCCUCGGCCUCUGGCUGCUGCACUGAGACUCACUCCAUGGCUGCCCCUCUCCCCACGUGCCUUAGCGCGAGCCUCUUGCCCUGCGUCUCCAUAGCCCCUGCCUUCCCAGGCGGGUCUCUCUCUAGCUCCCUUUGUUCUGAAAAACAUCUACCAGUCCUGUCCCAUUUCUUUAAAGACACAGGGCCCCAGAGUGCUCUCCCCAUGCACCCCGUCCCCUCCACUCUGCUUUCCCAGAGUCCUCUCCCAUUUCUCUCUGGACCACUCUAGCUCCUCCAUUGGCCCCUAGAAGCGCUCCGCAGUUGCCCUCCUGCGCUGGGGAGGGAUUGGGAUCUGGGCCUGAAAUGGGGCUUCUGUCCUGUUCCCAGUGAUGCAUCCCAGGAAGGACCUGACGACCUCACGGCAUGGGGCGGAUUCUCCAAACUCUCGUUCCCAUACGUACCCCAUCUCCAUACUCACCAUUUCCCAUUUUGAGUAAUAAACGUCUGUGUCUA